AUGCACAAUUAAGAAGUAUAGAGAUGGGAUAUUGUAAUUUAUUCUACAUUAAUUAUGCUAAUCUGCAGCUACUGCAUGCAAGAAAUCCCUUCUUUACAUAGCUACUUAAAAGAAAACUUUAUUGAGUAAAAAAUUUAAGGAUAUUAGUAUGAUGAAUACAUAAAUAUUUCAUAAUCUGUAUCUUUUGGACUGCUUAUUUUCUUGGCAUCUUAUGUAGGAUAUCUUAUAGAUAAAUUUAAACCAGGAAUUAUUUUUGUUGUUCAAACAUUUUUACUUUCAUUCAGCUAAUUUUUAGUAUUUUUGUCUAUUUAUUUGAAUAAAUUUUGGAUUUUGCUUGCAGGAAGAACUUUACUCUAUUUGGUUUGCUCACCUAUGUUUAUUACUUCAAAAGUGUUAAUUAACAAUUUAACUACUUAGUCUUAUAAAGGAACUUCUUUAGGUAUAGCUUUUUUAUCUGUGAUUGGGUAUGGACUCAGUUUAUAAAUAGAGCCAUUUUUUGUAGAUUCAUUUGGACUCUAAACCUGUACAUUUAUUACAUUUACCUUAGCUUCAGCAACUUUUAUUUUUUCGCUAAUUUGCUUUAGGAUAGAAGAAGCAGAGUCGAUUUCAAAAUUAAAAGAACUUAGCUAUAUAGAUAUGAACUAAAAUAUUGAAAACAAACGAGAUGAUCAUCAGAUUAAUCUAUAAGAACAUGAAUAAAUUAUUUAGCACGAAAGUUAUCUACAACAAAUGAAGAAUCUUGAUAUUUUAUAUUGGAUAUUUGCUCCAAUUAAUUUUUUAAGCAUAGUUGUGUGUACUGUUGUAGAAGUUUGUGGGCCAGCUUUGAUAUCUUCAUAAUGGAAUUACAACGCUACUCUCUCUACAUAAAUAAAUUCAAUUUCAUAAUUACUAGGAGUUUUUAUGCCUUUGCUCGGUUAUAUACUGGACAAAAUAAAUAAAGAUUAUGAGUGGAUAAUAUUAGCUAUGCUAAAUUAAUUAAUUGGAAUUUUUUUACUUGGAUUUAUAUCCCCACUGAUUGGAUUUAUUGUUUUUGGUAUCGCAUUUUGUUUAAGAAUCUCAGUUUAAAGUCCUUAUUUAACUAAGAUAGUUCCUAAAAAUAACCUAGGGAAAGCAGUUGGAUUAAUAAGAUCGUUAAAAGAUUUUUUCGCCAUGAUAAUGUUUUUUUACAUAUCUCAGAGUGUAAAAAUAACUCAUUCUUAUCAUAAUAUAAUAUUAGCGUUAAUUAUGAUAUCGCUCUUAGUAUUUUUGCUAUCUAUUGGAUUGCUUAUAGUUUCGAAAAAAAAAAAGGAAUGA